AUGUUACAAGACGCGAUAAUCAAACACUCGCACAACAAUUUAGUAGUGAUGGGAGAUUUUAAUGCAAUAACAGGGGCAAGAGGAGACGGAGAACAAAUGAUAUUGGGUCCGUAUUGUUCAGGCAAAAGAACAAGAAAUGGGGAGAAACUUGUCCAACUGGCAUAUGAAAACAACUUAAAAGUACUAAACACUCUUUACAGAAAACGUGAGAACAACAGAUGGACAUGGAUAUCUCCAGAUGGUCACCACAAAAACGAGGUAGAUCACAUACUAACAAACAAAAGUAAAGACUUUCGGGACUGUAGAGUUUUAAACAAUAUUAAUUUCAACAGCAACCACAGGAUGCUAAGAGCUAAGUUACAAAUAAACACACUCAAUAAAGAUAGACCCUUUAAAGUAAAACAAACCAACAGCUUAACACUAGAAAUUACCGAUUCACUAAAAGGAAAGCUAGAACAAUUCAUAGAAAAAACAAAGGAUUUAGACAUACAGAGUAAAUACAAUAAAUUCGAAGAACUCCUCUAUACUACUAAAAAAGGCAAAAUGGAAAGUAAAAACAACAGGAUAAAAUGGAUAACAAACAAAACUAAAGAACUGAUAAGAAGUAGAGCAGACCUUAUAUGUAACCCUGAAAAGACAAAAACUAUAAGAAAAGACAUACCUAAUUUAAGUAAUAAAAUAAAAACACACAUUAGAAAAGACCGUCAGAGAUAUAGAUUGGAACAACUGGAAAAAUGCAUACAAAGAACCGGAGGCACCAAAAAAGCAGCUAAACUACUAUUGGAAAAACGAGAUUGGAUACCAAAUUUAAUAAAUAAAAGUCAUAAAUGCGAGAAGCGUCGCCUUGAAAUCAUAUCAAUAGCCACUCAAUUUUUUGAAGAAUUGUAUUCAAGGAAAUAUACUGCACAGACAGCAAUCCUAACAGGAGGAAAUGAAGUACCGGAUAUAAUACGACAGUAG